CAAAGGACCGGCCGAUGGUGGUAUUGACUUAUUCGUAGCCCAUAAAGGACCCCAAUUCAUCUUGAAUCUGAGAGGGGCACUUGAGGAUUUCCUUCCAGGAGUUGUAGGUGUCUUGGUGGCCGAAUAUUUCACCAAAGAUACCUAUGCUUCUGCGGAAGCGUCAAAUUCCGAUAUUAUUCUCGCCCAUAAGGGGAAUCUUAUCGAAAAAAUGAGGAAAUACCAACCUCAAAAUAAAAUGGUAAUUGCUUCACGGGAUAUGGAAGAAAAUAUUGAAAAUUUAGAUGUUAAAGUUGCUGAGAG